CACUGAUAUAUUGUUUCAGUGGAGACACAGCAACAUGUUUGUUCAACGCACCCCACGAAGAAGAAGGGCUGCCCCGAGUCCUGCCAGGAAAGUUGAUGACUUUGGACGCCCAGUGCCGAAGGGAUCGAGGAACCAGUGCUUGUUUUAAAGAUGAAAGAGUUUGCGCUCAAUUAUUUUGUUUUGACGCAACAAGUGGCUACUGCGUGGCUUACAGACCUGCUGCUGAAGGAUCAUCAUGUGGAGAUGGUCAG